GUCAUGGACUUUGGAAAAAUAAGUGGCCAUGCAUGAGCUUUAAGCUAUGGAAUGCCCACCUCUUUUGGAGGAUGUUGAGAGCAGGCUCCCAAGACCAGUUUGCCGGGUCGAUACUACCUACACUUGCCCAAAAGAGGAGCCCCGCCGGCUGGUCGGAUCACAAUCUGCCAGCUGGUUGCCUUCACUUCGGCCGCUCUCUGGGGUCACGCCUCUUAGACUGCAUGCGCAGACGGCAUUCUUGACAGCGCCGAAGAAUUGGCAAGGGCCCAUUUCUCCAGCUUCAACGCAGACUGGAUUAGCUACCACUUUGGAGGAUUGGACCUUCACUGCCGAGGAUUGGGGAACUUCGUCGAAGGCGUUUCAGAUGAAGUCUGGAAUGACGACAGCAAGCAGUGUUGGGCUUCGGAAGAGCAAGUCAGAUGGUGCCCUGCACGGACUGUCUCCCAAGGCAUCGCGUGAAAAUGAUCGCGCAGGUGGAAGCAUCUAUUCUUUGGCCAAGCACAAGCGAUCUGGAGCAACGUCUUCAGGCAAAACUGAAUUCAUUGACCAGGCCAAACUGGUGAAGGACUUUGACAGGCUUACCUCUGCAUUGGGAGAAGUAAAGAAUCUCUUUGAGGGUUUUGAUCCACGGAGAUCUCCAAAGCAAAAGGUGACUCUUGGAGACCUUCUUGCAGGUGGAGGUCAGGGUCAAAAGGGCAACAGCGGCGAAGGAGAUGAUGGAGAUGCUCAAGAGGCCUUGCGUGAGGCCAAAGAGCGGCUGGCGGAACGCUUGCAGGCUUACAAGUUUGCACGACGCAUAGAGCCUGAAAUGCCUCCGUUGGGGCCACUUCCGCCAAGCGGUCUCUCGCCCAGGAAGCCGCCCCUCCAAACUCUUGUCGUCCGCAAUACAUCCCAAGAGGCGAUCAAGGUGUGGCUACCACACAACCGAAAAGAACGGAUCUCAGCAUUUGCUGAGGA